AUGACUGAUCCCACGUACACGGUCUUCGUCAGACUGCCCAUUCUGCGGGGCGAUUUCGCGGAUCCCCCUCCGGUCAACUGGGAUUCCGCCAAGGACGAUGUGCUAUGGAAUAUCAUCUCUGGCGCAACUAAGCAGGAGAUUGACUCCUUACAUUUCGAUGUCACCGUCGACUUCCUUCUUCAGCAAGUAGCCUACUUGACCGAGCGGCAUACCGCGCAGCUUCGAGCACAGGUCCGAAAAGCCACAGCUGCCGCCAAAGGCUCCUCUGCCCCAUCCCCCGUUCCUGGCGCCGAGCCACAUACCCACCAACGAACUGUCUCCGCGCUAUCCAUCCGACGCGAUUCGCCGCUCCCCCGGACCGAUACAAGUACGCCAGCGACGCCAAUAACGAGCUCUCUCCGGCCGAACAUCACACGAAAUGCCUCCUCAGGUACGAUAACACGCAACCUGGGCGGCGGCUCUACGACCCGCCAGAGCAAGCCUGCCACUUCGCGGCCAUCCAACGACAAUCAGCGACGUCGCCUGUCGUCGCUCCCUAUUCAGAGUACUCCCAGGAGCCCCGAACCGACUUCGCCUGAGGCCGAUGAGCUGAGCUCGCCCACAUCCUCAGACGAUGAGUCCAGUCCAGCGCAAUCGCGCAUCAUCCGUCGCCCACCCCGCUUCCAGCAGCGUGACGGACCGACUGAUCUCGAAGACGAAGACGAAGACACCGAGCCUGCCUUUCUCCAAUACAAGCCGCAAUCGUCCAACACAUCAGCACAAGAUAUGGGUUCGACUUUGCGAGGCGACCCUCGACACGCCCGACGAACGCCGAAAGGCAAGGAAAAGAUUCACCACUCCGAGACAUCAGAUUCGUCGACCAGUUCGCCAGCCAUGGUAUCCAGGGGCCCCUCAGCAGGGGAGAGACGCCCAGCUGGCCCACUCUCACCGCGGCGUCCGGCUGAACUGUCUGGCAAGAGUCCAAGUAGAAAGGGGUACUCGCGAGACGGAAGCGACGGUACACCAAGCAUGGGUAGCAGCUUCAGUGACUUGGAUGACGCAUCUGUGACACAAUCUGCUCUCGAGGAGGCCCUCGCAAGUAAGAUGCAAGACGGCGGCAUCGGGAGCAGAUUUAGCAUCAGCCAAGCGUUUAGAAGCCGCUAUAUGCCCAAACCUGGUCAACAGUAG